AUGUUACUGGACAUGGAGAAUCAUCAUUCGCAGUUGAUGUCUCUGAACAUGCCACCCUUCGGCAACGGAGGCGGCACGGAUUCGGGCGCCGGUAGCCCUUUGCCUCCCCAUCAGUACAGCUCGCCGCCCAUCUACAACAACAGCUGUCAACAGGGCGGCAUGCAACCCCAACAUCACCAGCAGCAGUCCAUGAUGAUGUCCCAAUCGAUGUCUGCCGCUUUUGACACGUCCUACCUCUUUUCCGCAGGUGGUACCGGUGGUCUUCCCGGGCUGGAGAUGGGCGGUCCGGGCGGCGGGUAUUCCAUGCCCGGCAUCGCGCCCAUAACGCCUUCUGGAGACAUGCCCGAUACCAAGGACGGCAUCGAGGAGUUGUGCCCUGUGUGCGGAGACAAAGUGUCCGGGUACCACUAUGGACUGCUCACGUGCGAGUCCUGCAAGGGAUUCUUCAAGCGCACCGUGCAAAACAAGAAAGUGUACACGUGCGUCGCGGAACGCAGCUGUCACAUCGACAAGACGCAGAGGAAGAGGUGCCCCUUCUGCAGGUUCCAGAAGUGCCUCGACGUCGGAAUGAAACUUGAAGGUGAGUACCUCAAAUUUUCCAUGUUCAAAAAACCGCACGUUUUUUAUUUGAUCACUCUUCUCUCUCUUUAG